AUGGCUCCCUCCAAGGAGUGGCUCGAUGUAGUCGUUCACAGGGAAGUUGCAAAGGAAGCCCCAGAGCCCACAGGGCAUUCCAUCUCACAAGCAGCUCCACAAACAUCCGCUGCUUUUCAUCCCGAACAUCCUCCCCGCUCGGUCACCAUCACGCCGAGCAGAGCAGCACCCAGAACCCGACGCGGCAACAACAACGCUCGGCCCAGAUUGGCCGUCAAUUCUCAUACAGGUAUCGGAUCGCUGACCAGCGCGAUGCAGUCCCAGCCUGCUGCUGCUGCUGCUUCAGGCUCCAGAUACAGCGGGCAACAGUAUCAUCAAGCGGCAGGACCGUCACGACCGCCAUUGCCAGCUCCAUUCCAGGGGCAGCAGCAUGACCAGCCAAAUCCCUCCGUCUAUAGCGACGACGGCCAGCAGAGCGGCGACGACGACGAGAAUGACCACGGUAACGACCAAGUGCUUCCCAAUGGCAAGCGAAAGAGACCCCUUUCUGUUUCCAGAAACGCAGUUGCAUGCGAGUACAAAGAACGAAAGAAGCCCGGCCUCAGAGCAGGCUAUGGCCGCGAGUUAGAGCAGCGUCUCGACAAUCUCGAAGGGGAACUCAGAAGACACGCCGAGAUCCUUGCGGCACAUGGACUCGAUGUCAACAGCCCUGCUACCGCCAGCAACAAUGCCAACAACAGAAAUAACCAUGCGCCAUCAGGCCAUCGGAGCAAUCCAAGCCUGCAGAGCAACGACCAUGGCACACCGCGCGAUACCGGGCCGCCUCCGGUUUUCGCUUACGCCGGCCCAGAUUCAGCUGAGAGGGCUCUCUUCAUGCAGCACAAACCCUCGACUUCAGCCGAUUUUGGUCUGGGCCCUCGCACUCCAGCGGGCGUCCAUGACAACUUCCAGCACGUGGCAACUACUCAGCCUCAUGUACAGCCGGCCAUAACCCCUAGUGCGGCCGUCCAAGAGUACUAUGGCGCCCCCAGAGCCGUCCCCCAUCAGAUAGCUGGCCCGUCGCUAACAGCCAUUUUGCCGGCCACGCAAGGACAAGGAGGCACUGAACAGGAGCUUCCGCCGUAUACCGUUUGUUACGCCCUCAUGGAGCUAUACUUCAAACACAUCCACCCAUGGUGUCCAAUCCUGGACCGUGAGACGACGAAAGAUCUCUUUUUUGGGGAAAGAAUCCCGAAUGAGGAAGAAAAGAUCUUACUGCAUGCCAUUGUUGCUACAGCCAUGAGAUUCGCAACGAAAAAAAUGCUGCCCAAGGAAAGUCAGCAGCGUUUCUACACCGCGUCUAAACAGCGUGUUUUACUAUAUGGAAUGGAGCAUUCGUCCGUCAUGUCGCUGCAAGCUCUGGUGAUCCUUGCGCUGGAUCUAUGCGGUAGUAGCAACGGGCCCCCAGGAUGGAACAUCAUGGCUCUCAUCACUCGAGGGGUGGUGCAGCUUGGUUUGGCCGUGGAGACGAAUUCUAUGACGGUUUCUCCAAGCUAUCCCUCAAUCUACACUCUUCGCGCCAUGGUCCUUCCAGAACCCCUCGACUUCACAGAGGAGGAGUCCCGAAGAAGGUUGUUCUGGAUGGUAUAUGUGCUCGAUCGUUACGCCACCAUCUCCACGGCGUUUGACUUUGCGCUCGAUGACAAGGAAAUCGACCGGACCCUCCCAUGCCGCGACGAGCUGUGGAUCAAGAACCAUAAAGUUGAGACUCGAUGGUUCCACGCCGCUGACGACGAUAGCCGGCUCAACAGCAACAACUCGGCCGACUACCAAGUCAACAAGCCCGAGAAUCUCGGCGCCUUCAGCUACUACAUCGAAAUCCUGGGUAUCCUCUCCAAGAUCCACAAGUUCCUCAAGCAGCCCGUCGAUAUCUCGUCUCUCACCGACGUUGAAAAUUGGCAGCGCCGCUACCGAGAACUCGACACCAUGCUCAAGGUGUGGAAAUUCGAACUCCCCGAUGACUACAACCACAUGGCCAAGAUCUAUGACCAACCCAGGGUUGCCCGUACUUUGAGCUGCGCCUGGAUCAUGCUCCACGCCACCUACCACACCGCCAUCAUUCGUCUGCAUUCAUCAGCCGCAUAUCCCACCGUCCGUUCGCCCAUCUUUUCUCCUUCCUACAUGGCCUCCCAAACCUGCCGCGACGCAGUCAACAACGUCCUCGCCCUGGGCAAAUUCGUCGUCGAAUACAACUUGCUCUCCACACUCGGCCCGCCCUUUGCGUUCACGCUCUGGGUCGCUGCCCGCGUUCUACUGGUCCACGGCAGCACCGUUGAGCACAGCCUCAACCCGGAAAUCAAAUUCUUCGUCGACACCCUGCGCGAAAUGGGUGAGUACUGGCCCGUAGCCACGCGCUACUCCAAUCUCUUGACGCGCGUGCUAGACGAAUACAAGGCCAGCGUGAGCGAGGGUGACGAGGUGACGCCGAGUAGCGUGCGGAUCCUGGCGGACAUGCGACGAACCGCAUUCGAUUUGGACUUGUUGAUUAGUCGCCAGCCUAGGCAUGGCUCGAGGCAACAUGGAGCUUUGACCACCGCGGGCGGAAGCAAUGUGAUGAGCGCAGGCGUCAUGGUGCCUACCAUCAACAACGCCAACGGGCACUUUGCUAUGGGAGCAGGAGGAGGAGGAGCAGGAGGAGGAGUUAACGAUCUGGAAUAUUUCGAUGUCUUUGACUUCUUCAACAUGCCCAGGUUCCCUCUGUCAGCCAUUGCCCCAGGACAGAAUGCCGGCGGGACCGAAACGAACCAGAACCACGGCGCGGACCAGGUGCAUGGUAUGUCAGGCACUGGCGGAAGACGACUAAUUGACAAUAGCGAGGGUAGUAGCAAGCAGCCAGGGCAAGGGAUGAGCAACGAUAUCAUCCAUGGCCCGGCACUGGGAGGAGGAUCGGCACAGGGAGUGGGGGAGUUCAAUAUCAUAGAUUUUAUGGUGCAUCCAGAGCGCGAUUGGCUUGGAAACUCUCGCGGUUCUUCUUGGGUCGAUGCCACCGGAUCUGGAUCUGGAUCUGGAUCUGGAGCAUCUGGAGUUGGAGGAAGGCCUGAACAGGGGGUUGCCGCUACUGGCUCUAGGACUAGAACUGGGAGUGGGAGUGUGGAGGGUGCUGGGGCUACUCAUCAGGGCUAG